GUGAUCCUGACACGUGAAUGCUCCCAAAGGAGCAUAAUCCAUCCAUGCAUCGGAUCCAUGUCCUCCAACAAUAGUGUGUUCUGGUCUUGGAGCCAGAGGAAAAGUGGAGGGGAGAGGAAUCUAGAGGCAGACUGAUUUUUCUCGGGGGCAGUAACUGGCCAGAGGGGCUUAAAGGACUUCAAAGGCAGAAUAGGAAAAACUUGCCUGGAAACGUAAUGUUUUACUCCUUAUAUUGACUUGCCGUUUGCCUCUUCCACAUAUGAACCGCGUUUAGAACGUUAGUAACACUUGAAAGCGCAAUGGCACAGCCGCUGGGUUUCAUGCAUCAUGAUCAUUGCUCCAGCAGCGAGCGGAGUGACGACUCGCCGUCAGCCGUGUCCGAGGAUGACUCUAGCGGGCACUGCGGCCACAUCUCCCCGCCUGACCCAGACUGGACCGAGGAAAGGUUUCGAGUUGACCGCAAGAAACUCGAAACUAUGUUACUGGCGGCCAGUGAGGGGAGGAUAAAUGGAGGAGAGGAUUUUUUUCAGAAGGUCAUGGAUGAAACCAACACUCAGAUUGCCUGGCCAUCCAAACUGAAGAUUGGAGCAAAGUCAAAGAAAGAUCCACAUAUUAAGGUCAGCGGAAAAAGGGAAGAUGUGCAAGAGGCAAAAGAGAAAAUAAUGUCCGUUCUUGACACAAAGAGUAAUCGUGUGACCCUGAAGAUGGACGUGUCACACACCGAGCACUCCCAUGUUAUUGGGAAAGGAGGGAAUAACAUCAAACGAGUGAUGGAGGAGACUGGUUGUCACAUACACUUCCCUGACUCCAACAGACACAGCCAGGGCGAGAAGAGCAACCAGGUGUCAAUAGCGGGGCAGCUGACUGGCGUGGAAGCAGCCAGAGUUAAAAUACGAGAGCUGUUGCCGUUGAUGCUGAUGUUUGAAUGCAGUGGUCCGGUGCAGCAUGUGGACUGUUCCUCUCCUGUAGUUCAGCAUAUUUCCCACACUUACAACGUCUCCAUCUCCUUCAAACCACCCUCUCGUCUCUAUGGCAACACUGCCAUCGUCCGUGGCAACCAGAACAAUGCCAGUGGCGUUAAGCAUGGUACAGCUUUGUUAUUGGAGCACCUAGCUGGGUCUUUGGCCAGCUCAGUGCUGGUCAGUACACAACUGGACAUCGCACCCCAGCACCACAACUUCCUUCUGGGGCGCAACGGAGCCAACGUCAAGAAUAUCUCCCAAAACACUGGAGCCCACAUACACUUCCCCGAGCUCAACAAUCACAGCACACUCACUAACCGCUCUUCAGUCUACAUACAGGGCAGCAUUGAUGCCGUAUGUGCGGCUAGACAGCAGCUAAUGGGCUGUCUGCCGUUGGUGUUGCUGUUUGACAUUAAGGAGGAGAUGGAGGUGGCGUCUCAGGUCAUCACGACCCUUAUGGAGCAGCUGGAUGUCUUCAUCAGUAUUAAACCUAAACCGAAGCAACCCAGAAAGGUAGUAAAUAGCCAGCUCUUUUGUGUACACAUGGUACAUUUAGCCUCUGUCACUGACUAUAUGUCUCUUUCUCAGUCUGUGAUAGUAAAGAGUGUGGAAAGGAAUGCUGGGAGUAUGUAUGAGGUACGCAGGAUACUGUUGGGGCUGGAGUCCAGCUGUGUGCCGCCUCCUAUCAGCCAUGUGGCUGUUAACGGACAUGCUCCUGCCUCCCCUCCCCUGCCUGGCUCCAUUGGACUGGACACCCUCGCUUCAGCUGGACUGAGGCUAAGCACUCUGGCUGGUCUUCUAAGGUCAUCUGUCAGCUCCAUCCCUAAUGGUUCCCCAAACCCAAACUGUGUUCUUAAGGGGCACGGCUCUGUGUUAAAGAUUCAGAACGGAGCAUUGAACAACACACAGCACAUUCAUUCACCUUCACAGACACAUUCACAUGCUCCUGGUCACACACCUUCACUUUGGGCCAGUGCACUCAGUUCAUCAGCUAACACAACAGGGUUUUCCACAGACCUGAUGCUGCAGUCAGUUUCUCAGUCGACUCUCAGUGGUCUUCUGCUCUCAGGGGUCCAGAGUCAAGCACAUGCUCACACACCAUCCCCUCCACCUGGACUCGCACCAAUACACAAACCAGCCAGUGCAGAACAUCUCAAUGGACAUAGUUAUUACAGUCGAAUCUCCUCUGUAUCACUGAACUCUGCCCACUGUGACACAACCCAGGAAGUUAUUGGACAUGCCCAAUCAGAAUCGAUUUCAAAUAAAUCUACAGAUGAAGGCUCGGAUACGUUUGUUGAAGUGGGCAUGCCCAGAAGCCCGUCUCACUCAGCCAAUGGGAGUGAACUGAAGCAGAUGCUGGCCUCGUCAGGGAAACGACAAACAGUGGAACUUCUGCAGAGAGCCAAGAACUCAAUUCUUCAUGUUGAGUGUGUGUUGUCUGAUUCUGAUUGUGAGAACCCUGUGGCGGACAAAAGAGCACCAGGAAGUGAGAGAGCUGCAGAAAGACGACUUGCACCACAUAUGCAGGCUUUUGACUAUGAAAAAAAGAAGCUACUGGCCACUAAAGCCAUGCUAAAGAAGCCGGUUGUGACAGAGGUUCGGACCCCGACAGAUACCUGGAGCGGAUUGGGCUUUUCUAAAUCAAUGCCAGCAGAGAGCAUGAAAGAGCUGCGCAGGGCACACCAUGUACCGUAUAAACCCAGCAUAAGCACAACUUAUGAGGACUCUCAUCUAUCUCUCUCACAAUCUGGGAGUCAGGAGGGUUUGGGUAACGACACCGAAUCUGAUAAUUGGGGGGAUUUGAAUGGGAACGGACUGCCAGGAAAUUCAGAAUAUUCCCCUGCUGUCAGCAGCUCAAAGAGAAUCAAGAACAAAUCUCUAGGUGAGCAGUAUCUCAGCAGCAGUAAUUAUAUGGACAGUAUCUCUAUGUCUGGCAGCAAUGGCUGCUCUCUCAAUUCAUCUCUUAAAGGAACAGAUCUCCCUGAGCUGUUCAGCAAACUCGGUCUCGGCAAAUACACAGACAUCUUCCAGCAGCAGGAGAUAGAUCUGCAAACAUUUGUCACACUAACGGAUCCAGACCUGAAGGAAUUGGGAAUCUCAACAUUUGGUGCUCGCAGGAAAAUGUCACUGGCGAUCUCGGAGUUGAAUAAGAGCAGGAGGAAGCUCUUUGAUACACCCAACAUUCGCUCCUCCUUCCUAGAAGGCGGGGCCAGCGGUCGUCUGUUGCGCCAGUUCCACCCAGACAUGGCGAGUGUCAGUGGUCGCUGGUGAUCUCUUACCUGUGGGAAUGUGAACCCCAAACCACUUCAUACAGGACUCUUAUUGAUACAGAAAGCCAUAAAGCAAUGCAGAUUGUCUCAGAUCUAAAAAAAAAAAAAAUGUUAUGAAGGUUGCUUUUUGUGCCUAAAUAUAUGGAAGGGAAUUUAGAAACUUUUGUUAAGAGAAUGUGCUGUUAAUGUUGUCGUGUGUUUACUCUGGAUGAACAGGCAAAGCACAGAGUUAAAAACUAACCGUACUGUCAGCAAGAGUGCUUCAGUAUUGGUGUCUAGCACUUUAAUCUCUAAACUCUGCUGUUUUUGCCGGUAGGUUGUAUGCAGUGUCUUUCUUUUGUAACAUUGGGCUGUCCAGUAGCAAACCCACUUAUUUAGUAGGAAUUUCCAGAUAACACUCAAAAGAUCAUCUGCUUGGCAAUCACAACCAGCUGAUGCUUAUGUUGUUUACCGGACUGUUAUAUUCAUAUUCAGUUUAAUUACGCAUUGGUUAUUGUGGUCUUAUUGUAUUUUAAAUAUAUUCUAUUUAAUUUUAUAGUUUCAUUAUGUUUUCAUAUUUUUUAUGUUAAUCUUUUUAAAAGGCAUUAUGUUUAUUUUUUUGUUUUGGUUGUUUUGACAUAAUUUGUUUUUAUUGUUUAAUCUGUGGUCAGAUUUGUCAGAAUGUGUAAUAGUAAUCUCAGACAGAUGUCAGCCAUUCUUAUGGUGUAAAUGAAGUCUUUUUUGAAGGAAUACUGUAUGUUUGGAAAUAUUAUCCAUAAAAUUCCUGUUAUUUGUUUAGGAAAAUCUUUAAUAAGUAUUUACAUUAUUACUCGUAGCACAGACAUCAAAUUUAAGCUGUCUUAGGUACUUUUCAAGUCUAAGUGGGGUGUUUGUUGAAGUUUAAUGUUGGUAUGUGCAAACACGUAUCUGGCAGGUGUUUUUUUUUUCAGGUUUGUGUGCAUAAUUAUGUGCAUGUUUGUACUAAUCCAUUAAUCAUAUCUCAAAGCCAUAAAUGAAACUCGAAGGCUACUGUUGGUAAAUUUAUGAUUUUUUAGAUACUUGCUUUUGAUCAGAAAUUACAUUUUUUGUUCAUCAU